ACGGAACUUCCAGUAUUUAUUGUUCCUACACGGAAGGAUUUUAAUUCACCGGAAUAGAUUGGCAUUAAAGUGCAAAAGCGAAAACGGAAGGGCUCCUAACGUGACAAAGCUUACGGGGCUGAGCGGAAGUCCUAGUUCACUCGCCAAGCGGAGAGGAUCCUGGGGCCCGGAAGGAGGUGGAAUCUGUAGCCGACCUGUUUGCCUGUACACUCGCCUGGGAGGAGAGCGCGUGGCUGUUCAAAGAGGCGUGUUACUGGAGCGCGUGGCUCGUGCGCUGAGGUCAGAGGUGGCCAAAAGCCCGACGUCGGUGUAGAAUUUGAGACCGUGAGUUAUGGUGGGGAGAUCGCGGCGGCGCGGAGCGGCCAAGUGGGCAGCUAUGCGAGCCAAGGCAGGUCCCGGCCCAGCGGACGAAAAUGAAGACGAUUUAGAAUUGCCACCGUCGCCAGGGGACUCCAGCUACUAUCAAGAUAAGGUAGAUGAUUUCCAUGAGGCCCGAUCUCGGGCCGUCUUGUCUAAAGGCUGGAGCGAAAUGGAGAGUGGGGACGAGGAGGAGGAUGGCGAUGAGGAGGAGGAGGUUCUAGCCCUAGAUAUUGCUGAUGAGGACGAUGAAGAUGGAGAGAGUGCGGAGGAGGAGGAAGAUGAUGAUGAUGAUGGUGGUGGGAGCUCCGUGCAGAGUGAGGCCGAGGCAUCUGUGGAUCCCAGUUUGUCGUGGGGUCAGAGGAAAAAACUUUACUAUGACACAGACUACGGUUCCAAGCCCCGAAACCGACAAAGUCAACAAGAAGUAGAGGAGGAGGAAAGAGAGGAGGAAGAAGAAGCACAGCUCAUACAGCGGCGCCUUGCCCAAGGCCUGCAAGAGGAUGAUUUUGGGGUGACCUGGGUAGAGGCCUUUGCAAAACCUGUACGUCAGGUAGAUGAGGCUGAGACCCGGGUCGUGAAGGAUCUGGCGAAAGUUUCAGUGAAAGAGAAGCUGAAGAUGCUGCGGAAAGAAUCACCAGAGCUCUUGGAACUGAUAGAAGACCUGAAAGUUAAGUUGACAGAAGUGAAGGAUGAGCUGGAGCCAUUGCUACAGUUGGUGGAGCAAGGGAUCAUUCCAUCUGGAAAAGGAAGCCAAUACCUGAGGACCAAGUACAAUCUCUAUUUGAACUACUGCUCCAACAUCAGUUUUUAUUUGAUCCUGAAAGCCAGGAGAGUCCCUGCACAUGGACAUCCUGUCAUAGAAAGGCUUGUUACCUACCGAAAUUUGAUCAACAAGUUGUCGGUUGUAGAUCAGAAGCUGUCUUCUGAAAUUCGUCAUCUACUCACACUUAAGGAUGAUGCUGGAAAGAAAGAACUGAGUUUAAAAGUAAAAUCCACCAAGGCCAAGCCAAAAUCUGUUUCAGAGACUGCUGCUGCUGCUGCCUCUGCUGUUCCAGAUAUUUCUGAUGAUUCUGAUUUUGAUGAAGAAGCUGCACUGAAAUACUAUAGAGAAAUAGAAGACAAGCAAAAGUUGAAGAGAAAGAAAGAAGAAAAUAGCACUGAAGAACAGGCUCUUGAAGAUCAAAAUGCAAAGAGAGCCAUUACUUAUCAGAUUGCUAAAAAUAGGGGACUUACACCUAGGAGAAAGAAGAUUGAUCGGAACCCUAGAGUCAAACACCGGGAGAAGUUCAGAAGAGCCAAAAUUCGCAGAAGAGGCCAAGUUCGUGAAGUUCGUAGAGAAGAGCAACGUUAUAGUGGUGAACUCUCUGGCAUUCGUGCAGGAGUUAAAAAGAGCAUUAAGCUUAAAUAAAGUUUUCACUUAGCUUAAGUUUUUUGGCAAUAACUUUAGAUCAAUAAAUUUUUAUUUUUAACCGAA